CGGGGCGCUUCCACCGACUGUUAAGGUCAGCAGGCAUUUUCAAUCCUCUCAGGGAAGCCAUGACUUCAGCGUAAUGUCAGCUCAGAUUGGAAUCCAGAAGUUCUCCUUUCCCUUCCCCUGUGGUGCCCAUCAUUCUCAGCAGGAUGAGACGAGCCAGGGUGUCCAGGCCAAGCCCUCGGAGCUCCCCAAUCUUCAGGGGAGUCACAUCUUAAGCCAGCUAUCCAGCAACGCCGCUGUUGUCGGAGCUGUGGUUCUAAACAAGGAACAGAUCCUUAAGAAAACAAACGCUCAUCCGGCAGAGCCGGUGGCAGCUCUACAGCUCCAGGUCCGCCAUGGCGCUCAUCAGAUUGCAGUGCUUUCUAGGACCAGUAUGUUUGAGAAGCAGGCGGUCGAAAACGAGGAUCAGCGUCCCGCUGCAAAAAGGCAGCUGUCGUCCGAAAGCGCGUCCAAGACGAUCACCGUAGUGAAGAAGAGCGCGGUGAGGAAGGAGGUGGAGGAAGUGAGACUGGCUAAACCCAAACUGGGACAGAGGCUGAUGCCAGGCGGCGCAGCAAAGAGAAAACGACGAAAAGACCUUUUCACCAACACUGAGGUUUUCCACCGGGUCGAUUCACAUGCCAUCAGAGCCGGAGCAGAGCUCAAACAGAAGUGUGUGUACGAUGUCAAGAAGAUCGUCCAGAGCAUCACACAAGGGGCCAGAAAUGAGCUGGAGAAGCUUCGUGCCAUCUGGGUUUGGCUUUGCUACAACAUUGAGUACGACGUGAGCGGCUACCUUGGUCAGUCUGAGAAGCUGAGCUCAACAGAGGAAAUAAUAGCAGCAGGUCGUGGCGUCUGCUGUGGCUACUCCAACCUUUGUUCGCAGAUGUGCAGAGAAGUAGGGAUCGAAUGCCAAGAAGUGCCGGGACACAGCAAAGGAAUCGGUUAUCGUCAGGGUCAGAGCUUGAGAAACGUCAAGUCUGACCAUCUGUGGAACGCCGUGCUACUGGAAGGAGACUGGUUCCUGUUGGACGCCUGCUGGGGCGCGGGGCGAGUCGACAUGGAGCAUGAGAGCUUCGUCAAAAGGUUUGAUGACUUCUACUUCCUAACGGACCCAGAGGAGUUUAUUGACUCCCACUUCCCUGACGAUGAGAAGUGGCAACUCCUCAGCAGACCCAUCACCCUGGAGGACUUUGAGAAGCGGGUCUUUAAAACCUCUGCCUUCUUCACCACGGGAGUCCGACUGAUCCAGCCUCAUCACUGUCACGUCUACACAGAUGAUGGUGAGGCGAACAUCACCCUUGGUUUCUCCAGGCCGGUUACUUUUACCUAUGAGAUCACACCUCAUCAGGACCUCCUUCACUGCGGAGCCUCGGAGCAGAAGGAGACAAGCACCUCCUCCUUUGGUCUUCUGACAGUCUCCCAUCGCAGCAUGAACUUGCAGCUGCUGCCUCCAUCGUCUGGCUUAUAUGACGUGAAGAUUUAUGCCCGACCCGAAAAAGCCACCACGCCGCUGAUUUGGAUAUGCUCCUUCAGAGUUGAGUGCCUUACGCCUCGAGCCAUGGAGGAGAUCCCUGAGAACCCCUUCCUCUCUUGGGGGCUGCAGUCAAAUGCUGGAUCUAUCGGAGUGACGGGUAGCAGUCUGGGAAGUGACGUUGCCGAAGUAGAAGACAGCAACUUCCGAAUAACUUUGAGGACCUCCAGGCCUCUUAUGAUGGUAUGUGAACUGGUCCACCCAAAACUGGCUGGUCCUCUAACCAAACGCUGCUUGGUCACUCAAAUCCAACCGGAACAGUUGACCUGCUACAUCCUCUGCUUGGCACGUGGCUUUUACCGACUCUCAGUGUUUGUUCGGGAUUAUGACAAAACAGAAGGCAAAUUUCAAAACGCUGCCAACUUUCUCAUCCAUUGCAAAGGGAAUGUUGUGGCGGAACAUGAGAUUUUUCCGCCUAACCUCAACUCUACGUGCGGCCCUGGAACUCGCACACUCGAGGCAGGUUUAUCCAAAUUCAGCCACACAGCAGCACUGAUAACCACACAGCAGGGCAAGUGCAACAUCACCUUCCACAACCAGCAGGACCUGGAGCUUCACACGGUGCUCACCCGAGAAGAAAACCAACCUGCAGCCACCCCACUCUCGCGAUAUGUCUUCUGCACUUACAAUGACAGCAAAGUGACAUUGAGUGUCAGCCUGCCCGAUGUGGGGAUCUAUCGUCUGGGUCUAUAUGCCAAGACCACCCCUGGGGGGGAUUUUAACCCCAUGUGUGACUAUGUUCUGAAGAACAGCUGCAAUCAGUCAGGGCUCCCUUUCCCCUGUGUCUACUCGGCGUGGAAGAAAGGCUGCGUGCUCUUCGAGCCCCGCAUCGGUCUGCUGGACCCCCUCUCCUGGGUCCGCUUCAGGGUAAGAAUCCCCGGGGCACAGAAGGUGAGCGUGGUGGGAGAAACACGAACUGAUCUCAAACUGAAUAAGAGCAGAGUGUGGGAGGGGGAGGUUUACAGUGGAAACAGUCUCCAACAACUGAAACUGGCAGCUUCCUCAGGGGAGUCCAAUGACAUGGCUGUUUUGAUGAUCUUUGACAUCAAGCAGCUGGAAAGGGAAGAGUGAAAUGGAGACAGGAACGAUCGGACUUCCAGAAUCCACACCUAUUAAAAGUGAUGUCUAAUGUAAAUAUGGUUGGGUAAAACUGAAACUGUGAGUUAUUUUUAAACUUGAUUUGGAGUUUUCUCUCAAUACGUGGAAUAUAUAUAUAUAUAUAUAUAUAUAUAUAUAUAUAAAUAUAUAUAUAUGAAUAAUCCAGGUUACAUUCAGGACAACAACAAAGGUGCCUACUUAUUACUGUUUAAUACAAUCUGCAUUUUAUUUUGAUGUGCAAUAAAACUAUAUUACUGCACUACAAAUGUCCUUUCUUUGUGUAAAUGAGACGUCGCCAUUCUGUGUUUACUUUGUUUACAAACCAUGGAGAAAUACUUGAAUGACUGAAAAAGGUGCCGUUUAAACUAACUAACCACACUCCACACACAGAAACAAACAUAUACACAUCGCUUUCA